AUGGAGCCACAUUCUAUAGUGAGAACGGUCCUCUUUGACCUGGAUAACACCCUUUUCGAUCACUGCCACUCCCUGCGCUGCGCCAUAAGCGCCGUGCAGGAGACGUAUACAAGUCUUGAGGGACACGAGCCGGAAGAAUUAGUCGUCAGGUAUAACGCGGCUCUUCAGCAAGCCUACGACAUGUAUUUACGCAACGAGAUCACCUAUGCAGAGACAGAUACCCUGAAAAUCCAGCGGUUCUUGAGAGACCUCGGGCUCCCGGAACCGGGCCCCGACGAUAUCAAAGCUUUCCGCAACACUUACAAGCCGGCGUACAGGGCCAACCGGCGAUCCACGCCGGGAAGCAUCGAGACCCUGACCAAGCUGCGAAAACAUGGCUAUCGUCUCGGCAUUGUAACCAACGGUCAGAUUGAGGACCAGAACGCAAAGGUCGAAGCCAUAGGGCUGAAGCACCUGGUCGACGGCAUCUACAGCUCUGAGGAAGCCGGAUGCGCGAAGCCCCAGGCCCAGACUUUUCGGUUGGCGAUGGACAGACUGGGCGCCUCCCCUCACACAACGCUCAUGGUUGGCGACUCGGUCGAGUCGGACGUCCGAGGGGCCUUGGAUGUAGGAAUGGACGCCAUCCUGUAUGCGCCGCUGGCACAGGAGUCGCAACGGCUUCUCUUUGGGCAAGAGGUGCCGGUGGCCUCGCGAGGCGUCUCAUCAUCAGAGGAUAUGGAUCGCAAAUCUUUGAGCUCGCGAGCGGUUGGCCAGAGAACCACGCGUAGCUCAGCGAGGAGCCGGUCCCCCACAUCGAAGGAUGAGACUUUGGGUCCGCCGGCCAACAAGACGGACUUCGAAUGGGUAGAAGCACAUUCCGUCCUUCCAGACUACUUCCCCGGAUAUGCAUCAAAGCAGAUAAAGGAGCCACACAAAUACAUUCUCCUCGGAAUGUCUCUCGGAGGAAAGUACGGGGUGUACGCGGUCGCCGACAGCAUUCACAUGGAAGAAAAUGGCAUGCUUGGUGAAGGCUCUAAUUUCCGAUCGAAGAGCUUUGGUCCCCACUCGAGAUUGAUGCUUGUGCCCUUCAUUGGGAUCACGGUGCCUGGUGUUCUGACAAGGGUUAAAGCUGGCAUGAAAGGGCGUGUGUUCGCCAAUCAAGGGGUUCCAGACGACAGUACUCAGGUAUGGGCUGAAAACGGGCCCUGGAAACUCCAGAAGGCCGUCGUCACAAUAUAUGGCGAGCUCCACGAGCAGGGUAAGAAGCCUUUUUUGCGGACGCCGGCUUGGACAGAGUUGUCAGAGGAGUGCUUUCCAUACGACCAACUGGGUGUUUGGCAGUCGUACAAGCCCGUGACCGACAUAUACGAAAGCCUCGAGAGAAGCAAAGCCGACCUCAGAUGCAGGGACCAUACGCUCAUCGACUUGGUCGACUCUCAGAUGAUCCCUAGCCACGACAGCUAUCUCGAUAGACCGUCCCUGAUCCCGGAGUUCAAGAAGAUGAAGCUGGCGAAGGCCGCUGUCCUCGUCCCACAAGACAUUCCAGGAUACGACGGGCCCAGGUACGACGAUGCCGAGUUGGAGACAUCUGAAGUGACCAGGUCGCGAAUUCGAGACUUGUCCAAAAAGCAAGCGCUCCAGGAGACGCUAGAUAUCCUCGGCUACAAAUCCAAGAUCUAUCCCGCGCACGCUCGUGGCCUUACUCACACAUAUGGCUACGAGCACGAGCGCAAGCCAUCACAUUCUGUUACUCGCUUAAUCCAUCGAGAGGACUGCGAUGAUAACCGCCACGUUGGGUUGAGCACCUUCAAAGAAGCUUUGAACCUGCCCGUGUUAGUGAAGCUCCAGGAUGAGCAAGGGCAGUACCUGGUUCUGCCAGAUGACAUCAGAAGCGAGCGGUCUGGUGAAGGAAGCGAGAAGCAGCCAGAUGAAGAGGACAACGGCCAAGAACGCCAGCGCAAGAGGGAAAAGCUUGACGUUGCGCUCGUAAGCCACACUCUCUCCGCAACUAAACGUGCCACGGAAGAUCUCUUGGAGAGAGCAAGGCAGCAAGGGGCUUCGAACCUGCUUCCCGAGCUUUUGAGAGCCGGUCGAGUGCUUGACGGCGAGGUAGAAACCUUCACCACAUCUCAAAGCGGCCCAGAAGCCGAGCUCUUACGACUAAGUAGCCUUGACGGUGUGCUGAGAUCACUAUAUUCCGACGAAGAGGUUAAGAAUAUGCAACUGGAAGAGGUGGAUAGAUUCUUAACCGACCCGGCAGAAGCAGACAAGGCAUUGUUUGAUGAAGCGGCCUCUAACCGAGGGUUUCGCUGCCCGCGUGAGCCUAGCACCGAAAUCGACAAGAUUUAA